CAUACCUCGCAUAUUUUUAGUAAAUAGGUUUGUCGAAUAGUUCUAUCAAGUUGUAGUUCUCACUCUGCCUGCCGUAUUACACAUACCACUGUAUUGUGAGCAUAUUGUAAGUUGUCUUCAGGCAGAGCAGAAGAAUUCACAAUGGCUUUCGUCAAGGAUAGGAGAAGGCCGACUGGGCCACCUGUCAGCGUGAUACCACCGUCUGUCACAGAUAAAAAGGAGUCGCAGCCUCUAUUGUCUAAAACAACGGGGUCGAUCCAGCGUGCGGAAGGGCGCGGUUUAAAACAACUACGUCCAGUAUUUACGAAAGUGGGCACUACGCCGCUGGCCAAUGGAUCCGCAUACGGCGAGAUGGGAAAUACCAAAUGCGUAGCAGUGGUACACGGCCCUCGGGAGUACAAAGGAGACUACAGUGAGGAUGCUGUGCUGAAUUGCGAAUUCCGCUACGAUUCCGUGUCCCAACCCACUCUCCGCGCGAACGACAAGAGCGCACAGGAGAACGAGUACUCUAUCAUGCUAGCAAAUGCAUUGUCCAACUGCAUACAGAGAGAAGCCUACCCUAAGUCAGUUAUCGAUAUAGUGGUGACGAUACUAGACGAUGAUGGUGGUGCCUUUGCUGUGGCACUCACUACCGCGAGUUUAGCCCUGGCUCACGCUGGUUUGCAGAUGUAUGACUUGGCUGCAUCGGUGUCUGUGGCAGUCGUUGGGCAAUGUGUGAUCACCGAUCCAACAGAUGAAGAAUUAGCACAAUCAAACGGACACGUCACGGUCGGAUACUUACCACAAUUGAAUGAAAUUUGUAGUAUUGUACAGGAAGGACAGUUGAGUCCGCAGGUGUCGAGCGGCGCGAUUGAACAAUGUAUAGAUUCUUGUGCACAGAUGUAUUUCGUGAUACAAGAGACACUGAAGAACCAUAAUGAAGCUGAAGCCGAACAGUAGGCUUUUGAAAUAAAAAUUAGUAUAUUGAAAGCUGGUAUCUCCAGGCCUUAUCUGAUGCCGGAUAUGAUCGCAUUAUACGAGACCCUAUUUGCAU